UGCCCGCUCUUUUCUCCGGAGGAGCACACACACACACACACACACUACGGGCUGCCCACGAAAAUUUUCUUUUGCGCACAUCUGUCUGGUCGACACACGCUUCUGUAAAUUCACACUUUUCUCGCUGUGAAAGAGGAGCAGACGCACUACAAAACCCGCAACCAUGGGAGUGGAAGGCUGCACGAAAUGCAUCAAAUACAUGCUGUUCUUCUUCAACUUUAUUUUCUGGCUGGCUGGAUGUGUAAUCCUGGGCGUCUCUCUGUGGCUCCGUCAUGACGAGAAAACCAGCUCCCUGUUGGUCCUCAAGUAUGAAGACACAGAGGCACCCAACACCUUCUACGUCAGUGUCUACAUCCUGAUUGCUGUUGGUGCUGUGAUGAUGUUUGUUGGGUUCCUCGGUUGCUAUGGCGCCAUCCAGGAGUCUCAGUGCCUGCUGGGAACUUUCUUUGCCUGCCUGGUCAUCCUGUUUGCCUGUGAGGUUGCGGCCGGUAUCUGGGGAUUUAUUCACAAAGACCAGAUUUCUAAAGACGUGAUCGGCUUCUAUGACACCGUGUAUGACCGAGGCAGUCAGGCGCCCGCCGGUGAGAAGAAAGAGGCUGCGGCUGCAGUACUGAAGGUCUUCCACGAGUCUCUGCAAUGCUGUGGCAAGAGUGAUGUCACCUCAAUUAUUACUGGCUGGACGACCGAUCUAUGCCCUAAAAAAGAAGGCCUGGGGAUCAAUCAGAACUGUCACUCCAAAAUCAGAGAGCUCUUCAAUGAAAAGAUCUAUCUGAUUGGCAUUGCUGCCUUGGUUGUUGCUGUCAUCAUGAUCUUCGAGAUGAUCUUCAGCAUGGUGCUCUGCUGUGGAAUCCGAAACAGCCCUGUAUACUGAAAGACGAUUGGGCAAAGCAGGCUGUGGGUGUGUGUCAUCUGGACAUACCAGCCAAUGAAAUUGAAGGAAACUUAUUCUCCUGAUUAAUUUUUGUAUCUACCCUAAUUUCCUAAAGUAGUCAGUUUAUCUUAAGGAACAGAUGAUUUUAUUCUCCAGUGUGUUUUGUUAAUAUGAUACUCUGAUUGUCACUGUCUGCAGUUGUGUAUGCUGCAUGCGCAUUCUUGUGGCAACAUGACCAUGACCAUGUCGACAAUGGCAGACUAAGACAGAAUUAUUAGAUGCUUACACACAUACACAAUUAAAAAACAAAUUGGAUAUGUAAAACACAUUGGCUAUUUACAUUCUGUUUUCUGUAGUAAUGUUAACAGUGAGGAUAAUUACUAUUGCUAUUGGUUUCUUUUAUUCUUUUAUUAUGUACGUAAGACUUUAUUCAUUUCUUAUGUAUGUAAAAAAAAAAAUAACCUGUAUAUAUUUGCAGCCAUUUGGCUUUCCAGCAUGGAUAUUGUAAUUGAACAGCCCUAUGGACCUUAUGUUCUGAAUGUGCUUAUACGCUUUCUCGAAAAGUCAACCACUAAGAAACAGUAUUAGUGAAAAGAAAUAAGGUCAGACCUUAAAACAUGAAUAUUGAAGUUUCAUUCUUGUACCUUGGUGUAGAAUUAUGUAAUGCCAUGUAGCCUUGGCUUCCUUUGUGCCAUACAUUGUGGGCCAGCCAACUGCCAGAAUCAUAGUUGUUGCAAGCAUGACCAUGCUCUGAAAUCCUAGCAAGUCUUUAGAAAUAAAAUAAAAUGUCCUCUAAUGCUAACGCUGCGACUGUUUGCCCGCAUGUUGUCCGCUCGGGGAGGACGGAAACCAGCAGAAUCGUUCGCAUAGCUAUGCCUCAUCUGCUGGAGUUCCUCUAACCUCUGACCCCAGUCCACCCUCACGCUCUGACUAACCCAAGCCAAAGCUCUUAUAUGCACCUCCCAGCCUUAUUGACCGAAUGUCCUAUCUUUCAGAAAUUGAGACUGCAUUAUCUAGUAUGUCCUGUUGAUUCCUAGUGGAAUUUCUUACUCACAUAUUGUACUCUAUAUUCUGUAUCCAUUUGAUGGAAUGCUGUGCUUUAAAAAAAAAAAAAAAAAAGGAUAAAUGAUGAUAUUAUUGUUUUGUUUUUCUUUGUAGUAACUCCUUUUUUGCCAAAUCUUCUGAAAUGCUGGGAGUUGCUUAACAAUGUCAUAGCAUCAUAGAAUCAGUCUACUGAGUGUAGUGUAAGUAAGGCUCUGGUGUGUGAGUGUGUGUUUGAUGUAUUGAUAGUAAAGCCUGUGGGGAAAAAUCUAGUUUUUAGGAGUCAACCUCACUUCCACUGCCAGAAACAGGAGUUACUGUACUUCCUCUUCUCUCCACAAGGUGUCACCCAAAUAACAUUAAUUUUCUAAGAGCAGAAACACUUCAACCUUUCUUGACACUUCCAUUAUCCUUGAUUAAUAUUACUUGAGGAAAUACAGCUACAUCAUAUUCAUUACAUAAAUAUAAUGCACUCUUUCAAUCAUCUACGUUUCUUUUAACCCAACGCACACACACACACCAUGUACAUGGUUUCCUAGAUACAAACUGUAACUCUCAUUUAAUGCCUAUGCUGAUCAAAUGUCUUGUAAUAUGUACAGCUAUAUAUUAUUGUACUAAUGACCUAUGUAAAGGCAUUGUGGUAUCAUAUUUUUUUUUCUGGUACUUUUGUCAAAUAAAGGACAGAGAUUACAGUGAAAGCCAGCCAGGCCGUUGGGAUCCUCGCAGGCCAACAGAAGGAGUCCGAUAUCAGAUGGAUAAUAACAGUUAGGGAUUAUGUGAUGAGAAAUGAUGGAAUUCGUAAUCAUGAGCUACUGUUUGAACAAUGGAUUUUCCAUUCAGCGGGGCCCACUGACAACUCUCACUCCAAUCUCUGUCCUUGUUCACCUGAUUCAUAUAGAUUUUUUUUGCCCAAAUACUUAGGGAUUAAAUGUAUUUUACAAAUAAAA